AUGUUCUGUACCCAGUAUCUAUUACCAACAGACCUCUGUUAUGUUGUACCCAGUAAUCUUAUUACCCAGAUCAGAUCCCUGUUAUGUGUAAACAGUACUAUUACCAAUCGACCUAUGUUAUGUUGUACCAGUAUCAUUACAAUCAGCCCCCUGUUAUGUUGUUACCCGAUCUAUUUACCAAUCAGACAUGGUUAUGUUGGACCAGUAUCUAUUACAAAUCAGAUCCCUUGGUUUAUGUUGUACCAGUAUCUAUUUACCAAUCAGACCACGGUUAUGUUGUACCAGGAUCUAUAUACCAAUCAGAUACUGUAUGUGACCCAGUAUCUAUUUACAAUCAGACCUCUGUUUAUGUUGUACCCAGUAUCUAUUACCAAUCAGACCUCUGUUAGGUUGGUUGGGUACCCAGUAUAUAUUUACCAAUCAGACCCAUGUUAUGUUGUACCCAGUAUCGAUCCAACAGACCCAUGUUAUUUGUACCCAGUAUCUAUCCCAAUAGACCUUCGUUAUGUUGUACCCAGUAUUAUUACCAAUCAGACCUCUGUUAUUGUACCCAGAUCUAUACCAUCAGACCUCGUUAUGUGGUACCCAGUAUCUAUUACCACAUCAGACCCCCCCUCGGUAUGUCUGUACCCAGUAUCUAUUACCCAUCAGACCUCUGUUUAUGUGUUGUUACCCGUAUUAUUACCAAUCAGACCCUGUUAGUGUAACCAGUAGUCUAUUACCAAUCAGACCUCUGUUAUCGUUGUACCAGUAAUCUAUUACCAAUCAGACCUCUGUAUGCUUGUACCCGUAUCAUUAACAAUCAGACCUCUGUUUAUGUUGUACCCACAGUAUCUAUACCAAUCAGACCUCUUGUUAUGUUGUAACCCAGUAUCUAUUACCAAUCAGAUCCCUGUUAUGUUGUACACCCAGUAUUAUACCAAUCGACCCCGUUAUGUUGUAACCAGUACUAUUACCAAUCAGCACCUCUUCUGUGAUGUCUUGGAACCAGUAUAUAUUACCCAAUCAGACCCCUGUUAUGUGUGUACCCAGUAUCUAUUACCAAUUCAGACCCCGGUUAUGUUUGUACCCGUAUCUCUUUACCAAUCAGACCCCUGUUAUGUUGUAACAGUAUCUAUACCAAUCAGACCUCUGCUGUUGUACCCAGUAUCAUUACCAUAG